UCCAUUUUUUUCCUGAUUUCUAUACAUUAAAUAUCUUUCGUUAUAUUUUCAAAUGGCGUUAGAAAAAAAAGCACAGGAUGAAAUAUCAACCUUCAAAAAUAUGGAGGAAGACCUCAAUUGGAUAACUCAUACUAAGUGUAAAGCACAUGGGUUUUCUUGUGGUGGCUCUUUUUCACAAGAAGUUGCAUCAGGUGUUCAUGUUAUUCAAAAAGACAAUGCCGCCAGUUUCGGUGAAAAUCAUUUCAGUUAUCUUGAUCAGAAACCUAAAGAAAUUCUUAAAUCAAAUCUCAAAAGCUUGUUCGAUACCGAAGGUUCUGCUUUUACAUAUAAAUAUAUAGAUAUUAAAUGCGGUGAGGAUAAUGUAGACAAGCCUAUCACUGGAGGAUUUUAUUUCAUGUAUGCUAGUGCUGAUAAUGGUGGAAAACGUACAGUUUUUAUAGGAUUAGUUCAAAUUACUAAGUCACCAGCUUCCGGCCAUUAUUUUUUGAAAGAUUAUUAUGAAGGAAAUGAUGAUCGUGUUGAAAAAGCACUAAAGUAUAUAAUGUAUAAAGAUGUGAAAAGUAAAAAUCUUUUAAGCAAUUAGUUUUUAUUCUUAUGUUACUUUACAAAUUAAGAUUUUUUUUCUUCGAUUUAUAUAAUUAUUUUAUAUUUCAGCUACAUAACAAAUAAAUUUACAUCAUAAAAUC